AUGUUGGCCAUGAAGCUGUUCACUUGCUUCUUGCAAGUCCUGGCUGGGUUGGCCGUGCAUUCCCAGGGGACCCUGUCUGCUGGGAACAACUCAACAGAAGUGGAAGUGGUGCCCUUCAAUGAAGUAUGGGGCCGCAGCUACUGCCGGCCAAUGGAGAAGCUGGUAGAGAUUGUGGAUGAGUACCCCGAUGAGGUGGCACACAUAUUCAGCCCAUCCUGUGUCCCCCUGACUCGCUGUACCGGCUGCUGCGGUGAUGAGAGUCUGCAGUGUGUGCCGAUAAAGACAGCCAAUAUCACCAUGCAGAUCUUGAAGAUCCCCGUCAUCAGGGACCAGCAUUCCUAUGUGGAGAUGACAUUCUCUCAGGAUGUACUCUGCGAAUGCAGGCCUAUUCAGGAGAAGACAAAGUCAGAAAGGAGGAAAAUCAAGGGAAAGAGGAAGAGAGAGAAGCAGAAAUCCACAGACUGAGGAACCCCACCUGUACGGUGGUGCUGUUCCCUGGAGGUGACCAGCCCCUCAGAGGAGAGACCCCACGCCCAGCUCAUAUAUUUAUUGCCGUCACCCUCCCAAAUCCCUCCUUGCUGGUACCUACCCUCUAUUUAUUAGCCAACUCAUCCCUGCUGAAUGACUCGCUCCCUCCAAGAUAAGGGGCAUAGAAGGACAGGACCCUCAGGAAUUCAGUGCCUUAAACAAAACGUGAGAGAAACAAAGAAGCCAGCCACAGUUCUGUGGGAGCUUCGGCUUGGGAAGAAGCAAGACGUGGACGUGGCCUUGCAAGGAGCAAGCCAGACCCCUAAGGCUCUGGGUCUCCAGGGAACAGGAGAAGGAAAUAGAAGGCCCAGGACCUAUCCUGGUCCCCAGCUCCACCCAGACAAGCAGAUCUGGCCCUGGCUGCAUUGAAGACAUGUAGAGAGGAUCCAACCAUGUCCUCCUGCUGCUGAAAUCAACUGUUUAUCCUGGAGACCGGGACAAGACAUUCGGCUCUGGAGAACAGAGCUUGUCUGUGGGCUUUGCCUUUCAGCCUAGAAGUUCACUUUGCCCUUAGCAAAGCCCCACCACCCUGCCUCCUGUCUAGGACAUAGACAGAGUGGCUUGGGGCUGAACAGAGGGCAGGCUGGAUGAGGGAUAAUAGACCAAUAGGUUGGUGGACUUUCACAGCUGCAAGUCAGGGGCAAGUGUCCUAGUGUUAUGGCUACGAAGCACAAGCAGAUUCCUGGAGAGUCCUUGCAGCCCACCAGUUGUCUCGGCCUGAACUGUCUAACUGCCAAGCCAGAUUCUCUUGAAUAAAACAUUCUAGUCUGGAACCAA